AUGGCCGUAGCCAUCCUCAGCCUCACCGGUCCACGCAGUCUGCCCCGGAGGCCUCGCCUGUCCCGAGGCCUCACCGAAACCGCUCCAGAAGCUUCGUCUGUCUACGAGACCGCUUCAGAAGCUUCGUCUGUCCACGAGUCUGCUCCAGAAGCUUCGUCUGCCCACGAGUCUACUCCCGAAGCUUCAUCUGUCCAUGAGUCUGCUCAAGAAGCCUUGUCUAUCCACGAGUCUGCUCCCAAGGCCUCGUCUAUCCACGAGUCUAUACCAGAAGCCUCUCUUGUCCAAGAGUUUGCGCCAAUACCUCCUGAGGUGUCAGCAUGCGCUGUAGAACCUCCUAAGGAGGUGGCGUCCAUUAAUGAACUCACUGCCUCGUCUGUCCACGAGUCUACGUCAGAGGCCUCUUCUGCCCAAGCAUCUGCGCCCAUGCCCCCAGAGGUGUCAGCGCUAGCUGUAGAUCCUCCUAUGGGAGCGGCGUCCUAUCAUGAACUCUCUGCCCACCAUGUCACAGUCACAAAGGCCUAUUAUGAACUCUCUGCCCGCCAUGUCGCUAUCAAGAAGGCCAAAGAAAUCAUUCAUGUGCACACCGCUUUGCCUGCCCUGCAAUGGCUCCCUGUUACGCCUGCUCUGCCUGCCUCGCCAUGGCUUCCUGCUCUGCCUGCUCUACCUGCCUCGCCAUGGCUCCUUGCUCUGCCUGCCUUGCCACGGCUCCUUACUCUGCCUGCUCUGCCUGCCUCGCUAUGGCCCCCUGUUCUGUCUGCUCUGCCUGCGUCGCCAUGGCUCCCAGCCCUACCUGCUCUGCCUGCCCCACCAUGGUUCCCUACUCUGCCAUUGUUCCACGGCCCUGGCCUUCCAGUACUUCACGGUCUGCUACUGCUCCACGGCCCAGGACCUCCAGUGUUCCACUGUCUGUCAUUGCUCUGCGGCCCAGGCACGUCAGUAUUUCACGGUCUGCUGUCGCUCCACGGCCCAGGUCCUCCAGGUUUCCACUGUCUGCCACAGCACCACGGCCCAGGACCUCCAGGGUUCUACUGUCUGCCACAGCCCCACGGCCCAGGUCCUCCAGUGCUUCACUGUCUGUCCCUGCUCCACGAUCCAGGCCCACCUGCUCUACAUGGACCUGGCCCUCCGUCCCACCCCCUGUUUUGCCUCUGUUUCCCCACCCACCUGGACUGUUGUUUGAGCGCCAGGAGUCGCUCCUAGGGGGGGGGAUUCUGUAACGCCAAGCCAGCAGAGGGAGCCCUCACCCCAGUACUGCCUGCAUGCUCCCUCUGCUGCUUCUACUGCUACUUCCUGUUUGGCAGUAUAUAAGGACUCACCAUGUGCUCACACAUUCGCGAAGUAUUGCCAGUUAAACCUGCCUUACUGAGCGUUGUAAACUUUACUCUGUUGGAUUACCUGUUGCUGUUUUGCUUUGUUUAUGGAUUUCUGAGUUUACGGAUCACCCCUGUUUGGAUUGUUUGCUUGUGUGGACUGAUUACAAGGUUUGACCUAUUUCUGCCUCUGACCAUCGCUCUCUGGAUUACCCCCAUUGUUACGUUUGUUAUACUGGACUGUUUCUCUCGUUAUCUGACCCACUGCCUGCUUUUACUCACUGCCUGCUUGGAUUACGGUUCAUUGUGUAUGUUUGCUGUUGUUUUAAUAAACAUCCGCUUUUGGAUUCCACCUCUGCG